UAUCUAACAUACGUUACUACUAUUGUUAUUGACUAACAAAUAUUCAUAAUAUUUUAUACUAGGUACAUCGCUCGAUUCGUAUUAUCAAUUGGCGAGAUAUCGCAUUUAAACGACGAAUUGGUCGUUGCGCAAUUAAAUUACUCAUUGGAUUACAAAAUGUUUCGUCAGCUCUGACAAUGCCUGCGGUAUAUCGAGUUCGCGAAAUGGGUUAAGUGCACGUGCGACCCGUUUUAUUCGCCUGAUGUAAAAACAAUUAAAUCGUCCUCGUCGCUCGUGUUCCGCGCAUAUUUCGAGAGAAAAAUUGAUAUUCCGAAACAUCCACCCACUUCGCUCUGCGCGAUAGGUAUAACGCCGCCGAUGGAACCCGAGAUUUCAGUGUUCAAUCAAACUGCAAAUGUACUCAAAAUUUCGUUAAGCCUCGAUACGUAUCGUCAGCCGCGUACCGAUGUUACACACAGCGCGGAUUAAAAAUUUGUUACACAUCCGGACCGCCCGACGAAUCGAUUCCGUUCGUUUCGCGAGAUCGGACGUGAAGAUUUCUUUUGUUCUCCAUCUCGAAUCGCGUCGCGUUCAAGUUACAUUCGCCGCACGUCCUGCCGAUUCGUACGCGCAUUACGUACAAACGCAUGUAAACGUACUUGUAUUUUUCGCACGCCGAUCGUGUAACAUUCAUUGGCACGGUUUUAGAAACGUGUAAAAUAAUCGAGCGAACGGUUCAUCAUCAUGGAAGAAGAAACGCGCGAAGCAAGUCAGCAAAGAAUGCCGGCAGACGAAAGAUUUCAGGAAGACGAUGCUGAACAAGAAUACAAAUACGACGAUAACUUUUUCGAUGUGGAACAACUUACAGCCUCGAGAGAGGAAGAACUAUACGAGGAGGGCGAAUGGGAAGCGCAGGAAAAGUUGUCAAUACGAGAUUGGGAAAAAGAAGCGAAGAAGAAAGUUCGUAUAGAAAUGGAUGAUCCGUCGAUAGGAAGACGGAAAACUAUCUAUGAUCUCGCCUCUUAUGUCUCUUCUGGGCCAUCAGUAAGCGACAUUUUGAAACUUAGCAUACCGGAGAUAACCGCGGAGCCGAAAAUUCGAUAUUCUGUGUCGAUAGGAAUGCCGGGAAUAGCGCAAAUCGAUCUAUCCCCGCUAACGCAGAAAAUUGUCGGUUGCGUCAUUGGCGAGGACGUCACCACGGAAUAUCCUUGGGUACAUGUAAAAAAGGAUAUCAUCGAGGAUAAUAUAGAUUUGCACUCCGAGAGCAGCGAUUUCCUACCGGUGAAAGACGAGAUUUCUGCAUUUCCCGACACGAAAAUUCUCAUUGGCUACGCACCAUCCUUAUACGAGAAGGCUCAGUUCUACAUUUGCCUCACUGAAGAGGGUAGAAAUGCUGUGAUGCGAUCUAUACAGACGCAGAGAGAAGAUCACGAGAAUCGCGUGAGAAACGCGGUCUACAAAUCGCCCGGUCAAUGGCAUGAUUUAGGAAGCGGUGCCGAGGUGGACGCCGAUGUUGUCAAAAAUACGAGACCGCUCUUCGAGAUUGAGAUGGUGUCUACCGCCGAUCUGCUGAACGUGCCAGCAAAUUUAACGGACAGGAAGGCGGACGAGCAGAGGGACGGAUAUAUCGAGCUGCUGCCGUACCGGCAAACGUUUGAAAAUGUAUGGCGUAAAUUGGUAAGCAGGUCCACGCAAGUGAUACCGCGCGUUCGACACAACGAGGCGCAAACAGGGCCAUCGAUACCUGCCAAUUCCUGGUUCCAAUAUCUGUACGAAUACGAGACGGUCGAUUUGUCUACUUAUCCCGAGGACAAGAUAGAUUCCCUGAAGGACUUUCUGCGACGUUGUACCGACGAGAUGUGCGACCAGAUUUUAAUGAACUCCAUGUGGGACAUAUAUGGGAGCGAUUAUGCAAAUUUGGUGCGCAAUGAAAAGGACACGCAGGUGCCGAUGCCGAUAAGCUACAAGGAGCAUCAGAGCUAUUACGAUGGAAAGAUCAUCGUGGACAAGGUCAUCAACGAUCUAUGCUGGCAUCCCUUCUGGACGGGGAUUGCGAUCGCCACCUACACGCAACACGCCACGAGCGAGCAUCUAAUAGGGCCGAAAACCUACGACGAGGUGCUGCUGGCUGGCGAAGGCAACAAUCGAGUACUAAUAUGGUCCUUCACCGACUGUUUGUCACCUAAACUGAUCCUCGAGUGUCCGCGAGAGGUGACGUCCAUUGCCGUGUGCCCCCUUGAUAGCACUAUUAUCGUAGGCGGUUGCGCAAACGGCCAGGUCGUCGUCUGGCACAUUCCUGGCAAAAUCGAGCAGGUGGAGGCGGUGGUGAUGCAGACGGGCGCUCAAGCAAAGUACAGCAUCGCGAUGAGGAAUCUGAUGACAUGGAUGCGCCAGACGAAGGAAAUGUCGCUGAUCUGUCCGGUGGCGAUGUCCUCGCUCAAAUACAGCCAGAAGGCGGGUAUCACCCAGAUAAUCUGGGUGCCUUCGCAUCACAAGGUCGACAAAAACGGUCGGAUCGUAUCCUUGCCAGAAGACGCGACCGUGGGCGACUUAAGCUGGCAGUUUGCGACCGCCAGCCAGGAUGGCACGAUCGCUUUCUGGGAUCUUAAAUGCCGACUUGCGGAGAAGGAUGCUUCUCGGCAUAACAGACGAAAGAAAGCGAAACGUUCAGAUAUCACGACGCAACCCCUGUCACCCUUCAAGAUCCUCGAUCGCGUCUUCAAGCCCGACUAUAUCCUCGUGGUUCAAUAUCCGGACGAGAGCCGGCGGGUCGUGAUAACGAUGCUCAGCAUGUACAAUCCGAAGUUUCGCAAGAAACAGGUCGAGCCGUUCCCGGUGAGGGACGACGUCACUAUUAGAAAGUACUACAGACCUAUAAUCGAGAAGGCGGACUACGCCAUGGAGCCGAAGAUGCUCGUCGGCACGGUCGAGGGUGAGUUCGGCUGCAUAACGUGGGAGGGCUACGAAUUCGCCACCGACGUAAGCGUGAAUCGCGAAACGGCGCGAUGGCUCUGGAUGAAGAGGACUCACGAUGGACCGGUCACGCACUCGGCCAGGUCCAAGUACUAUCACAGAGUGGUCGCCACAGUGGGCGGCAAGAUUUUCGCCGUGUGGCGGGACGAUUACGGCGAGCCGCUCGUUUGGAAGAAGUCCAGCGUCAGGUACACGGCGUGCUCGUGGGGUAGUUUCCGCCCGACCGUUUUAAUCCUGGCGCGAGUGGACGGCACGGUAGAAAUUUGGGAUUUCAUCGUCAAAAGCCACGAGCCGAGUUUCACACAGAGCGUGUCCGGACGGAUAAUUACAGGCAUCUACACACACCAGCUGCCGCUGGAGCCGCAGUGUAUCGGAUUUUGCGACUUCACCGGCUCCCUAAGGAUGUUCACGGCACCGCGUGUUUUGUUGACGUACGACGUGAGUGACAUCGAGUGGAUGAAAAAAUUCGUCGACCGACAGGUUCAAAGGCGGCGGAAACCUUGGCAGUUCCUCGAAGAAACCAAAGCAAGAUGGAUGUCAAUGGAAGUGAAGCGCAUGCAACGAGUGAUUCUGGAGCAAAAAGGGCUCAGAAAGGACGUCCUCGAGAGGCAGCGCGCGCCCAUUCUCAGAUUGCGGCAGGAGGCGCGGACAAAGAAGCGCAAGAUACGCGAGAUCCUGAAUCUACAAGACAAGAUCUUUGAGGAAACCGUCGUGUUCCUCUUCCCAGAGCAGUAUCAGGAACGCAGAGAAACUUUGUUGCCUCCUUUGCCAGUCCCUGCGGUAGAUAGACGCUUAACGAUCGACGAGUUCAUUAAGCAGGAAAUCGCUCUUCGGAAAGAAGGCGUUUUCGCCGAUCCGGACGAGGAAAUUAUAUACAACUUUCUAGAAGUGCAAACCGAGGCUCUGGCCAAAAUGAAGAGUACACCUUUCGAACGCACGUUCAAUUGGCGCAAGGUACUCGCGCAGGGAAAAUCGGGAAAAAUCGGUGUGUAUCGAACUGAAGAAGUUACAUGAGCCAAACGAGACGUGCGACAAAUGAUACAUCAUGCACGUGAACGCGAUGCGUUUUACAUUUUAGAUUAUAUCCUUCCAGUUUUCUUUCAUUUUUCUUCAUACAUACAACUCGGAUUUAUAUGGCAUGAAUAGUUUGGUUGAGUUUGUAGAAAAAGGCACCUGUAGAAUUACGUAGACGAUAUUAAUUGGAUUUUAUUGGAUUGGAUAUUAAUUUUUAGAUUGGAUAUUAAUUGGAUGAAUCAACAAAUCAUAACAAUUUCUCUCUGCCUCUCUGUACUGAUAACUAAGUUUAGUUUUUAAUCACGUUUCGGGAACCAUAGUUAUUGUAUAUCACAGUUCUGUACCAUUACUCCGCGACUCUACGAACGUGAUAUGAUGUAUUUUGACAGAGUUACGGCUGUUUCUUUGUAGACCGUUCUUGAUUCUAAAAUUGCAUUCACAAUUUUGAUUACGCGCUCAUGGUAAUGUACGGUCAUAAUAAACUAUGCUGCUGAAAAAUGAAA